GGAUAAGAGAGUGUAUAUAAGUGCAGCUGCGGAGCCAUAACUGCAGAUAAUCGACGAUGGACCACUGCGACCAAAUGUGUAGUCCAUGCUCGUGCUUCUGGCUUAUGAGUUAUAUGAUUCUUAUUAGUACAUACGAGGAUUUUUGCUGGAUCGUCGUUACUCGUAAAAUCAACCACCACGGAGCGGUUACGUCGUCGUCAGCAACGACAACGACAUGAGAAACCAAAUACGAUUCGUCAGCAGUUUUUUCAUAGUCAUUUUCUGCUGCAUACGUUUCAUCGAUGCCUCAAAAUGCAAUGAAAAAACGUGCAACCCAACACAUCCGAAUAAACUGAAUGUCCAUCUGGUACCACAUACCCACGAUGACGUUGGGUGGCUUAAGACAGUUGAUCAGUAUUAUUAUGGAGGUAAUAAAGGUCACGCGCCCUUUGGAGUUCAAUACAUUUUGGAUUCUGUAAUAUCGGAACUACAGAAAAAUCCAGAUCGUAGAUUCAUAUACGUAGAAUCGGCGUUUUUCUGGAGAUGGUGGGAAAGUAUAGAAGAAAAUGAACAAAAACAAGUAAAAGACUUGGUGAAAGAGGGACGUUUAGAAUUCGUACACGGUGGAUGGUGCAUGAGCGAUGAAGCAACUCCACAUUACACCAGUAUGAUUGACCAGAUGACUUUAGGAUUGAAAUUCUUAAACGACACAUUUGAAGAGUGUGGUAGGCCAACAGUCGCCUGGCAAAUCGACCCAUUCGGACAUUCGAGUGAAUUAGCUAUCGAAUUCGCUGAAAUGGGAUACGACAGUUUAUUCGUUUCGCGAAUCGAUUACGAAGAUCACAGCGUUCGUAAAAAUUCAAAACAAAUGGAAAUGAUUUGGAGACCGGAUACGUCUUUAGGAGAGAGUGGAGAUCUGUUUUUGAACAUCAUGUAUAACACGUAUACAUCACCGAGCGGAUUUUGUUUUGAUACGUAUUGCAACGAUGAGCCCAUCAUGGAUAACAGGAAACUACACGGAUAUAAUGUUGAUGACCGAAUUCAGAAAUUCGAAGACCACGUGCAAGUAUACAGGAAAGCGUACAGAACUAAUCAUAUUUUAAUUCCGAUGGGUGGCGAUUUCACUUACAGCGUCGCUUCUUCGUGGUUCAAAAACAUCGAUAAAUUAAUUCGUUACACAAACGAAAAGUUCACGUCCAUAAAUUUAUUGUAUUCUACUCCCGAUUGUUACAUUCGAGCUAUAAACGCCGCCAACACAACUUGGCCGGUUAAAGAUAACGAUGAUUUUUUCCCGUACGCUAGCGACGAACACUCUUAUUGGACGGGUUACUUUACCUCCAGACCGGCUUUCAAAUAUAUGGUUUAUAGAGCAAACAACGCUUUACAGGCAGUGAAACAAACAGCCACUCUUCUAGGCAACAACUUCGAAGAAGAAGAACUCAAAUUCAAAAGAGCUUUGGGAAUUUCACAGCAUCAUGACGCUGUUUCUGGAACUGAAAAACAACACGUUACCGACGAUUAUGCCUUGUACUUACACGAAGGUUUGGUCGAAGGGCGAAAAAUAUUCAACGAAGCCUUCAAAUUUUUGUACACGUCAGAGUACCCCGAACAUCACCUAUGUAAUUUAAAAAAUAUUAGUCAAUGCGAUAUCACCGAAAGCACGCAGAAUUUCGUUGUUACGCUGUACAAUCCGUCUCCUCGUAGAAUUAAUUCGAUUCCGUUACGAUUCCCGAUUAUUGGCAAUGCCAAACAUCAAGUUUACUCGUCAUCGGGUGCAUUCAUUGAUUCAGACGUAAUUCCAUUGAGCGAAGGUGUUUUGAAAAUUCCGGGACGAAAAAGUAACGCUACCACAGAAUUAGUUUUUCUGGCAAAGGAUAUACCUCCUUUGGGAGCUACAAACUUUUACAUUCAAACGAAUGCUGAUAAUAAACCAAGCGCUAAACCACAACCGGUUGCCAGUGAUGCCGACUUCAUAUUGGAUAACGGACUAGUACAAUUAACAUUUAACGGAACCAGCGGAUUGUUGCGUAGCGUGAAAAAGAAUGGAACCGAAUGGAAUUUGGCUCAAAACUUUUAUACUUACGACGCGAUGAAAGGUUAUAAUUAUAACGCCGAUACCAGAGCUAGCGGUGCCUAUAUUUUCCGCCCAAAAGGCGAAGCUAAACCCGUCAAAGAAAAAGCCAUCGUCACACAAUACAGAGGAAAAUAUGUGCAAGAAGUACACCAAGUUUUCACACCGUGGCUGAGUCAAAUAAUUAGACUGUAUCAAGGUGUAGAAGAUGUCGAAUUCGAAUGGCUCAUUGGUCCAAUACCGAUUAUCGAAUGGACUGGAAUGGAAAUUAUAACGCGAUACACUACAGAUCUACCAUCUAACGGCGUCUUUUAUACAGAUUCUAAUGGAAGACGUUGGAUAAAACGCGAACGUAAUCGAAGAAAAUCUUGGAAUUUAACCAUUACGGAACCCGUAUCUUGUAAUUACUAUCCGUUAACGUCGGCUAUAUCUUUAAAAAGUAACGAGAAACAAGUUACUGUUGUGACGGAUAGACCACAAGGAGGCACCAGUAUGACGGAUGGUCAACUUGAAGUUAUGUUACACAGACGGUUACUAUACGAUGAUAACUUCGGAGUAGUCGAGCCAUUGGACGAAAUAGCAUUUGGCGAAGGAUUGGUAGUUCGUGGUAAACAUACAGUGCAGCUUAAUUUGAUAGCUUCAGCAGCCGAAUCUCAUCGGUUCAAAGCAGCAGAAUCGGCCUACGGUGCAAUACCAUUAUUCGCUAAAACAAAUUAUAAACUAGAAGAAUGGACGAACAAAUUCAACAAAAAUGUAACUUUGAUGAAGGCUGAAUUACCACCAAAUGUUCAAAUAACCACCCUGGAAAGAUGGCGUGAAAACCAAAUUUUACUAAGAUUAGAACACCUAUUCGAACUUAACGAAUCUAGCAACUAUUCAAAACCUGUAACUGUAGAUAUAGAAAAAUUAUUUUCUUUCUUCGGAGUUGACAGUUAUAAAGAACUUACUUUAGCAGCUAAUCAAGAAAAAGUUAGUUCGAAACGGUUAAAAUGGCGAACUCCUGAUAAUCCUGCUGCAAAAGCGGAAUUGAACAAAACUGGCACCGAUAAAAUUAUUACUCUUCAACCGAUGCAAAUCAGAACAUUUUUAUUAAACGUUACCCCGAUUAAACGAAGAUGAUUACAAAUUCAACUGCUAAGCUCAAGCUGGAAUUGCUCGAAUACUCAUCCUGAUUGAAUGAUUGAUUAUAGCAUAAAAUUUGUAUGUAGAUAAUUAUUCUUAAAUUUUGGCAUUUUUUACGGUUUAAUUUUUAGUAUACGUAAUAUCAUUUUUUUUUUUUUUUUUUUUUUUUUUUUCGUAAGAAUCAACUGUUGAAAUAUUUCAUAAUUUUGUAAAAAUAUACCGUUGAAAAACUCA